GCUGCUGCGGUGUAACACAAUCGCGAGCAUUACGAACAAUAUAAACGUAAACAAUGUACUUUAUAGUUACACCCGACAAGUUUUACCUUGGGUAUUUAAUUGCCUCCUGAAAUCUAAAUCUAAAUAAUUAUUUUUAAACUAUUAAUUUAAACCAAAAUCGUUAUAAGUGAGAACACUUAAAAAAGAAUUACAAUUAAAUAGCAAAUGCUUCUUGUUUGAAAAUUUCAAUAACAAAUAUUAAGACAAUUUUUCAAGCGUUUUCCUAUUAAUUUUUUGGUCUUACCGUGAUAUCGAAUCGUAAGAACGGGAUCAUCAUAAAACUCAAUAAGAAUUAGUUGAAACAUAAUACACAUUCACGAGCAUCUCUUUCGUUGCUGUAAUCUAUCCUUUAAUAUCUACUGCAUAAAAGCGUAAGAAAUUUGGAGCCGUAUGCGUAUAUUGGACUCGUCAACAAAAUGAUAAAUUGCUGGAAUUGUUGUUUUUGACACCACAUGCCAACAAGGCAUUUGAUAUCAAGGAUUUAGUGCUUUCACAAAUUGGUGAAAUCCGCAGUCCUCAACAAUGCUGUAAAUCUUUAAUAAAGACCAUUGGCAACGCGUUGGCGUUUCAGAGAGCCAUUCCGUUCAGGCGUGCUUCUCCAGUUUUAUUUCUUAAAUAUGUUUUAAGCCUGCGAAGUGAGGAAAACGAGCGUUCACUUGAAGCGACAGAUAAAGGGAUUGUUGCUCCAAUCUUUAAAAAACGAUGCACUGUUUUGUAAAUUUUUGCAUCGCAACAAUUCAACGCGUCUAAAAAAGCAAACUUGAUACCCAUAAAACACUGUACCAAAUAUAGGAAUGCCAUUUCAUAGAGGAAUCCGCACUUAGUGAUGCCCCUAAAAAUAUAACAUAAAGUAUUCGCAUGUUUGAACACUGGAGGACGAAACAACAAAAUUUACGUGUAUAAGAAAAAAGUGUGUUGCAAUUAAAGUUAUAUCAUAAGAAAUAAAAAGAAUAAUAUCCAUUAUUAUCCAUUAUACAUACAUUGAGAAUUCAAAAAAUUCAAAACUAAUAUGUGACGAAUCAUAUACAUACACAUCUAAUAAAAGAAGUUAAUAAAACGGAAGUUAAGAAAAAACAUAAAACAUGUUAUUAAAUAAUUUAAUAACAAUGAAAUUUCUAGCAUUUGUAAAAUAACAUUUUUUAAGUUAAUGUUUUUUAGCUAAGAGUUUAUGAGUUCUCCUCCAAAUUAUCGUAUUGUGUGGCCCCGAUCUUGACACUUCCUGCAUUCCUCCUGAUCUGACAGCUCCAUUUUAUAGGCGUGUGCCGCUACUAGGCUGUGACCAGUAAGAAUGCCAACCAUGGUCCUACAUCUUGGAAUGUAGAUUUCCUUGUACACGUCCACCACACCAGAAAACCGUAGAACAGAAUUGGUCUCACAAUUGCUGUGGAGCUCCAGUGCAUGAGAGAGGGAGAAAGCCCGCAGGUAGUGCCUAGCAUCUUCUUGCAUGCAUAUAGAGCAUUACUGGCUUCCCUUACUCUUUCUUCCACAUUGUGCUUUCACGGAAGUUUGCUGUCCAACACUACCCCCAGGUAUUUGGUAGGGUCUUUGAGGACGAGUGCAGUCCCAUUUACCGAAGGGGCCUCCUAGCAAGCCUGUCUUUUCCGGAUUAAGUCCCAGUACCAGUACCGGCGGUAAUGCUGUAGCUUGGCUGGAAAGAUACCCUACGUACCGGGCGAUUUGAAUGGGUUGAAGUAGCGGAUUACCCAUUUUUUUAAUCCUCCGUAAUUCUGUGCUCGGACAGGAUAUCAGUAGCAUUUCCUUCGAGUAUAGAAUUACCCAUGUCCUUGCAUCCCGGAAAGUGCACGCCGAACCUCUAACGAAUCCCUGCAAUUGUCCGUCCACUCUCCGUUAUCCUUGCGAAUUAUACCCGUUCGAGGCGGGGCAUUUAUAUAACAGCUUUCUAAGGGGAUGGAUGGGAUCAUGUGUAGAAGUUCACGCAAGUGAGGAAAGUUUUUGAUUGUCAUUCACUUGGGAGUGGCCAGAAACGAUUCUUCUCCACAUGGUACAAGCAGCUCACGACUUCCGGUUUUAGACCAAGUAUCCUCUGGGUAGCCAACAGACAUCCGUUUGAAGGCGAGCUAAAGUGAGACGGUGAAGCCCACUUAUGCGGUUGUGCGUAGGGUUUGGGACCCGCCACAUAAAAACGAAGUACCAAUGAAAAAUCUACGAAAGCCUCGGAUGAGACACCCCCCUUUUGAUGACGACCCCUGCACACGUUUUAAGGAUAAUGCUUUAAGGGUAUGCACCUGGAAUGUCCGGACUCUUAAUUGGGAAGGUGCCUCUGUCCAGCUGGCUGAUGUCCUCAUACGACUAAAGGCUGACAUCACCGCCAUCCAAGCAGUGCGAUGGACGGGACAUGGACGGAAGAAGGUGGGUCCUUGUGACAUCUACUACAGCGGCCAUAUAAAGGAGCGCAAAUUUGGUGUUGGAUUUGUGGUGGGAGAGAGACUCCGUCGCAGAGUCCUGGCAUUCACCCCGGUGGAUGAACGUCUUGCCACAAUCCGCAUAAAAGCGAGGUUCUUCAACAUAACGCUGAUUUGCGCCCACGCCCCAACGGAAGAGAAGGACGAUGUGACUAAAGAUGCUUUCUAUGAGCGCCUAGAACGCACCUAUGAGCGCUGCCCCCGCCACGAUGUAAAAGUCGUGCUUGGCGAUUUUAACGCCAGGGUGGGUAAAGAAGGUGUCUUUGGCACAACAGCCGGAAAAUUCAGCCUCCAUGACGAAACAUCGCCAAACGGCCUGAGGCUGAUCGACUUCGCUGGGGCCCGAAAUAUGGUCGUCUGUAGUACCAGAUUCCAGCAUAAGAAAAUACAUCAAGCUACUUGGCUGUCUCCUGAUCGAAACACGCGGAACCAAAUCGAUCACGUUGUGAUAGACGGAAGACAUGUCUCCUGUGUUUUAGACGUGCGUACGCUCCGAGGACCAAAUAUAGACUCGGACCAUUAUCUGGUCGCAGCGAAGAUACGCACCCGCCUCUGUGCAGCAAAGAAUGCCCGUCAACAAACACAAGGAAGGUUCGACGUCGAAAAGCUGCAAUCGCAACAGACAGCCACGAAAUACUCUACUCGACUUGCACUCCUGCUCUCUGAGAGCACUCAUCAGCAUCUCGGUAUAAGGGAACUGUGGAACGGCAUCUCAAACUCACUGCGUACCGCUGCAGUCGAAACAAUUGGUUUUCGGCAACGACAAAAAACAAGCUGGUACGAUGAGGAGUGCCGUCUCGCAUCGGAGAGAAAACAGACUUCCUACCUCGCUACGUUGCAAACGACCACUACACGUGCCGGAUGGGAUAGAUACCGAGAGCUGAAGAGGGAAGCGAGACGCAUCUGCAGACAAAAAAAGAAAGAGGCCGAAAUGCGUGAGUACGAAGAGCUUGAGAAGCUGGCAGACAGAAGGAAUGCUCGAAAAUUUUAUGAAAAAAGAAGCGACUUAACGAAGGUUUCAAGACCAGAGCAUCCUCAUGUAGAGACCAAGGUGGUAAUCUGGUAACCGAUGUCCAGGGCAUACUGGGAACACUUCUCCGACCUGCUGAAUGGCAGUGAGAGUACAACACCAGGAGAUGGCGAACCCGAUCCCCCAAUCGAUGACGAUGGAACAGAUGUUCCAUUACCCGACCAUGAAGAAAUUCGAAUAGCAAUUACCCGCUUGAAGAACAACAAAGCAGCGGGGGCCGAUAGAUUACCGGCAGAACUAUUCAAAUACGGCGGCGAAGAACUGAUAAGGUGCAUGCAUCAGCUUCUUUGCAGAAUAUGCUCGGAAGAAAGCAUGCCUGACGAUUGGAAUCUCAGUGUGCUCUGCCCAAUCCAUAAAAAGGGAGAUCCCACAAUCUGCGCCAAUUACCGUGGGAUCAGCCUCCUAAAUAUCGCAUACAAGGUUCUAUCGAGCGUACUGUGUGAAAGACUAAAGCCCACCGUCAACAAACUGAUUGGACCUUAUCAGUGUGGCUUUAGACCUGGAAAAUCGACAACUGACCAGAUAUUCACCAUGCGCCAAAUUUUGGAGAAGACCCGUGAAAAGAGGAUCGACACACACCACCUUUUUGUUUUGUUUUUAAAGCUGCUUUCGACAGCACGAAAAGGAGUUGCCUUUACGCCGCGAUGUCUGAAUUUGGUAUCCCCGCAAAACUAAUACGGCUGUGUAAAUUGACGUUGAGCAACACCAAAAGCUCCGUCAUGAUUGGGAAGGACCUCUCCGAGCCGUUCGAUACCAAACGAGGUUUCAGACAAGAUGACUCACUAUCGUGCGACUUCUUUAACCUGAUGCUGGAAAAAAUUAUAAGAGCUGCAGAGCUAAACCGAGAAGGUACAAUCUUCUACAAGAGUGUACAGCUCCUCGCCGAUGAUAUUGAUAUCAUCGGAAGCAACAACCUCGCCGUUUGUUCUGCUUUUUCCCGCAUGGAUAAGGAGGCGAAGCGAAUGGGUCUGGAGGUGAAUGAGGACAAGACGAAAUAUCUCCUGUCAUCAAACAAACAGUCGGCGCAUUCGCGUCUUGGCUCCCACGUCACUGUUGACAGUCAUAACUUCGAGGUCGUAGAUAAUUUCGUAUACCUGGGAACCAGCAUCAACAACACGAACAAUGUCAGCCUCGAAAUCCAGCGCAGAAUAACUCUUGCCAACAGGUGCUACUUUGGACUGAGUAGGCAAUUGAACAGUAAAGUCCUCCCUCGACGAACCAAAAUCAAGCUCUACAAGUCGCUUAUCAUUCCCGUCCUGCUUUACGGUGCAGAAGCUUGGACGAUGUCAACAUCAGAUGAGACGACACUAGGAGUUUUCGAGAGGAAAAUUUUGCGUAAGAUUUAUGGUCCUCAGAACAUUGGCAACGGCGAAUACCGCAGACGAUGGAACGAUGAGCUGUACGAGUUAUACGACGACAUUGACAUAGUUCAGCGAAUAAAAAGACAGCGGCUACGCUGGCUAGGUCAUGUUGUCCGAAUGGACGAAAACACUCCAGCCCUGAAAGUGUUCGAUGCAGUACCCGCCGGAGGAAGCCGAGGAAGGGGAAGGCCUCCACUCCGUUGGAGGGACCAGGUGGAGAGCGACCUGGUUACACUUGGGAUCUCCAACUGGCGCCGAACUGCGAAGGAGAGAGAGAGGUGGCGCACUAUCGUCGAUUCGGCUAUAACCGGCUAAACGGUUGCAACGCCAAUCACAUACAUACAUACAUUUCUAAGACUUGCCACCUCGUUUGUCUUUUCGCAGCUGUUACAAAAGUUUUUACAGGACUGUCGUUUGCUCCCAACUUUUGUGAAAAUCCUUAUAUUCAUUCCAACAGUCCUCAGCUAGCUUGGCCAAGUUGAAGAUUUUCGUUUUGCGUUUUGGGCCGCUGCAUAGGACAAGCCGAAUGGUAAGGCUUAAUAGGAGCACUAUAGAAGAGAUUCACACCCGCCGUACCCAGUCUGUAAUUCUGGUUUUUCUUCUAGCCUUAAGGGUAGCUUUAGCCUCAGUUCUAAUAGUGAAACGCAUAUAUCUAAGGUCAGAGAAUGACGGUGUACUUAGGUCCCUCCAGUUUUCUAACGUUGUACCACUGCUGGUGUAGAGGGUAACGUCUACGACGUUUUUCGAGGUGGGUCCUAUAUAGGUAGGUCUCUCCCCUCGAUUGCUAUUACUAAAUUACUUAUUAAAGUUUAAUAGGGACUCACCUCUUGAAUUGAUGUCGUGGCUACCCCAAACCGUGUGGUGUGCGUUAACAUCUGCGCCAACUAAAAUCAACAUAACAACAAUUAUAAAAAUAUAUAAAAUUAAAUUGAAUUUGAAUGAUAAGGUAAUUCCAUUAAUUGAAUUUUAAUGUGUAAAUUUUACCUGUAACUAUUUCUUUGCUGCAGAAUUUGCGCUUAUUACGCAUCAUGCCAUGUUUUAUUAUUCGAAAUAUAGUAUAACCGUUUUGUUCACUUAACAGUUAUUUGUAAGUCAUAAAACUAAACGAAGAGUAGUGUUAUGUUUAUCAAAAUGACCAGGAUGACGAAACGAGUUGAAAUCAGGAUGUCAUGGCCGUGCAAACGAUAACUUGAGUAAAUAUUGAAACAUCAUAAUAAACGUGGUACACAUAUUCAUUGGCAUCAUAGUAUUGCAGAUGCGCGUAAUAGGACCAUUGCCAUGUCCUUAAAACAGCGUUAAAGGAAAAUCUAUAAAUUGCUAUAACUAAGCUACAAAUAAAGCAAUGUAAAUCAAAUCCUAUACAGAGAAUCAUAAUGGGGAGGGACUGGUGGCAUGUAUGUUCCUUUAAAAAGUGAGAGUUAAGUUUUUUGUAUAUACUUGUAUCAAAAAAAAAAAACAUGCUAUAUAAACCAAACUUGCUGGACACAUUCCCCUUCAGCAUCCGAUUAUGUAUGUAUGUAUGUAAUUGGCGUAGGAAACGAUAUUCGAUCAUAGUCUUAUCAAUAAUAGCGCGUCAUCUCGACGACACAAUUGAAAGUCCCAAGUGAAACCAGGUUUUUUCCACACGUUCUUUCCAAUUGAGUGGAUUUCUUGCUCUGCUUCCCGCGGCAGGUACUGUAUGGAACACUUUCAAAGCUGGAGGUUUUCAUCCUUUCGGACAUAAUGACUUAGCCAGGGUAGCCGUUCUCUUUUUAUUAGUUGAACUAUGUCAAUGUCAGCUCAUCGUUCCAUCAAAAUUUCUCUCUCGAAAACGCCUAGGGUCGUCUCAUCGGAUGUUGACAUCGUCCGCGCUUCUGCACUAUAAAGCAGGACGGGAAGAAUAAACGACUUGUAGAUUUUCGUUUUUAAUCAUCGAGCCUACUUAGUCCAAAGUAGCACCUGUUAGCAAGAGUGAUUCUGCGUUUGAAAAAAGUAAUUUGCUAUGUGCAUAUGAAUUAUGCUCGACAAUAAACUGUUUUUGCUUGUGGGAAUAGACUUUCUAAGGAAGCCUUUGAUGAUGUAAGAUUUACUAUAGUAAACCCAGCUAUAAAAUUUACUGUUACUUUAAAAGUCAUUGGCCAAGGAGGUUAUCAGCAUCAAAUAGGGCAAAAGCGCCUUACAGGGUUACCACAAUCCACUAAAUUUAUUUUAUCGAAGCAUCGCGGAAGUUAUCAAACUUUUCCAAAUGUUUGGAAUGUCCUUGGCCACUUAAAUGAAGAUGAUCCGAGUAUCAAGAGAUCAAUUUACGGUGCACUAUCUAAGAUGGAGGAUGGGAUGGGAUUUCGAUUGUCAUUCACUUGGGAGUGGCCAGAAACGAUUCUUCUAAAUAUGGUUCAUGCAGCUCUCCACUUCCGGUUUUAGAUCAAGUAUCCUCUGUAGCCAACAAACAGCCAUUUGGAGGCGAGCUAAAUUGAGAAGGCGAACCCACUUUGCGGUUGUGCGUAGGGUUUGGGACCCACUACAUAAAAACGAAGCACGAAUGAAAAUCGACGAAAGCCUCGGAAGAGAAACCCCACUUUUGAUGACGACCUCAGCAAACGUUUUAAGGAUUAUGAUUUGAUGGCAUGCACCUGGAAUGUCCGGGCCCUUAAUUGGGAAGGUACCUAGCUUGAUGUCCUCAUACAACUAAAUACGAUACGGAUAAGCACCCGACCUGUGCAGCAAAGAACGUUCGUCAACAAACACAAGGAAGGUUGCAAUCGCAACAGACAGCCAAGAAAUACUCUACUCGACUUGCACUCCUGCUCUCUGAGAGCACUCAUCAGCUUCUCGGUAUAAAGGAACUGUGGAACGGCAUCUCACACUCACUGCGUACCGCGGCAGCCGAAAUAAUUGGAUUUCAGCAACGACAAAAAACGAGCUGGCACGAUGAGGAUAGUUGUCUCGCAGCGGAUAGAAAACAGACUGCCUACCUCGCAACGUUGUAAACAACCACAACACGUGUGGGAUGGGAUAGAUACCGAGAGCUGAAGAGGGUAGCGAGAAAGAGGCCAAAAUGCGUGAAUAAGAAGAGCUUGACAAGCUGGCCGACAGAGGUAAUCCUCGAAAAUUAAGCGAAUUAACGAAGUUUUUAAGACCGGAGCAUCCUCAUGUAGAGACCAAGGUUGUAAUCUGAAAACCGAUGUCCAGGGCAUACUGGGAUUAUGGAGGGAACACUUCUCCGACCUGCUGAAUUGCAGUGAAAGUACAACCAGGAGAUGGCGAACCCAAUUACCGCCUGAAGAACAACAAAGCGGCGGGAGCCGAUAGAUUAGCGGCCGAGCUAUUCAAAUACGUCGGCGAAGAGCUGAUAUGGUGCAUGCAUCAGCUUCUUUGCGGAAUAUGGUCGGAAGAAAGCAUGCGUGACGAUUGGAUUCUCAGUGUGCUCUGCCCAAUCCAUAAAAAGGGAGAUCCCACAAUCUGCACCAAUUACCGUGGGAUAAGCCUCCUAAAUAUCGCCUAUAAGGUUUUGUCGAUUUUAAAGCUGCUUUCGACAGCACGAAAAGCAGCUAUCUUUAUGCCGCGAAGUCUGAAUCAGGCAUAAAGUUGACAGCAAAACUAAAACGACUGUGUAAUCUGACGUUGAGCAGCACCAAAAGAUCCGUUAUGAUUGGGAAGGACCUCACCGAGCCGUUCGAUACCAAACGAGGCUUCAGACAAGGUGACUCUCUAUCGUGUGACUACUUUAUCUUGAUGCUGGAAAAAAUACGAGCUGCAGAGCUAAAUAGAGAAGGUACAACUUUUUAUAAGAGUGUAGGUACAGCUUUUGGCGUACGCCGAUGAUAUUGAUAUCAUCGGAAUCAACAACCGCGCCGUUUGUUCUGCUUUUUCCCGUCUGGAUAAGGAAGCGAAGCGAAUGGGUAGGUGAAUGAGGACAAGACGAAAUGUCUCCUGUCAUCAAACAAACAGUCAACACAUUCGCGUCUUGGCUCCGUCGUCACUGUUGACAGUCAUAACUUCGAAGUCGUAGAUAAUUUCGUUUACCUGGGAACCAGCAUCAAUAACACCAACAAUGUCAGCAUCGAAAUUUAACGCAGAAUCACUCUUGCCAACAGGUGCUACUUUGGACUGAGUAGGCAACUGAAAAGUAAAGUCCUCUCUCGACGAGCCAAAAUCAAACUCUAUAAGGCGUUUAUCAUUCCCAUCCUGCUUUAUGGAGCAGAAGCGUGGACGAUGUCAACCUCAAAUGAGACGACACUAGGAGUUUUCGAGAGGAAAAUUUUGUCCAAGAUUUACGAACAUUGACAACGGCGAAUACCGCGAAUAAACAGAAAGCGGCUACGCUGGCUAGGUCAUGUUGUUCGAAUGGACGAAAGUGCUCCAGUUCUGAAAAUUAUCGAUGUAGUACCCGCUGGUGGAAGCCGAGGAAGAGGGAUACCUCCACUCCGAUGGAAGGACCAGGCUAUAACCGCGUAAGCGGUGUCUACGCCAGUCAAGAAGAAGAAGAAUUUCCAAUCUUUAAAGAAUUUCAACUUAUAGAUUAAUUCUGCGAAUAUUUAGAGUGUAAAUUUAAUAAUAAGUGUGAUGGCAUUAUGGGAAAUAUUUUAAGGGGCUUAAACUGCAUUACUGACUUCACUAACAGACAGUUAAAAAAAAUACUGUUAUAGCCCUUUUUCUCACUGAAGAAGUUUAUUACGAAAAAGCAUAUAAAUUUCGUCCAUUCAGAAUCUAUGUACGUCUAAGAUGUAUUAAAUUAUUCUUCUUGUUACUUCUGUAAUAUUGUUUGUUUGUGAUGUUUUUCGUUAGAGAGUUAACACACUUUUAGUAAUUUUCAACAUAGCCUUUGUAUGCGAGGUGGGCGUGGUUAUUUUCCGAUUUCAACUUUUUCAUGGUGUGUGAGGGUACUAAAAGGAAAUGUGACUUGUAAGAUUGGUUUAUAUAGCUUAAGUAACUUACGAGAUAUAUACAAAAAACCAAUAUGUGGGCUCCACGUCCACUUAAAAAAUACUUCUAAAUAUGCCCCUCCCUAUUGUGAUCGUAUGUACCAAAUUUUAAUUUCAUAACAUUA